CGUGUUGCGUUGUUGUAGACGCAUGUGGCGUGCGUAAAGAGCGUGUGCUCAGGUACAGCCUCGCAUCACUCGGAGAGGGAGAGGAGGAUAUUAAUAGCUUAAAGCGAAGCUGCAGCAGAGAUAAGGCUUGGGGGCGAGCCUCACACAGACAGACGGGUUUAGGAGAGAACUGAGGACAGGUCGAGAUGAAGCAGUUGUUUUGGAUCGUGCUUUUGGGCGCUGUCGCGGUGAUGGUCCGCGGCGGCAGUGACGGGGAGAUCUCCUUCGAGUAUCACCGCUACGAGGAGAUGCGGAAAGCGCUGGUGUCGGUAUGGCUGCAGUGCCCCACCAUCAGCCGCAUCUACACCAUCGGGGAGAGCUUCGAGGGCCGCGAGCUGCUUGUCCUGGAGAUGUCCGACAACCCUGGGACACACGAGCCUGGAGAGCCAGAGUUCAAGUACAUCGCCAACAUGCACGGUAAUGAGGCAGUGGGCCGGGAGCUGCUCAUCUAUCUGGCCCAGUACCUGUGUAACCAGUACCAGCAGGGCAACGACACCAUCAUAGAUCUGAUCCACAGCACGCGCAUCCAUCUCAUGCCCUCCAUGAACCCUGACGGAUUCGAGAAGGCUGCCUCACAGCCUGGAGAGAUCAAGGACUGGUUCGUGGGCCGCAGUAACGCACAAGGGGUGGAUCUUAACCGCAACUUCCCUGACCUGGACCGCAUCAUAUACAUCAACGAGAGGGAGGGCGGGGCCAACAACCACCUGCUGCAGAACAUGAAGAAGGCCGUGGAUGAAAACAGCAAGCUGGCCCCAGAGACCAAAGCUGUCAUUCAUUGGAUCAUGGACAUCCCGUUUGUCCUGUCUGCAAACCUGCAUGGAGGAGAUGUGGUGGCCAACUACCCUUAUGACGAGACACGCACUGGCUCUGCCCAUGAGUACAGUGCCAGUCCUGAUGACGUCAUGUUCAAGUCUCUGGCACGUUCUUACUCCAUGUUUAACCCUGUCAUGUCUGACCCAAACCGCCCCACCUGCCGCAAAAAUGAUGAUGACUCAAGCUUCAAGGAGGGCAUCACCAAUGGAGGGGCAUGGUACAGCGUGCCAGGGGGGAUGCAGGACUUCAACUACCUCAGCAGUAACUGUUUUGAGAUCACUCUGGAGCUAAGCUGUGACAAGUUCCCCAGUGAGGACACUCUCAAGACCUACUGGGACCAGAACCGCAACUCCCUGGUGAAUUACAUCGAGCAGGUUCAUCGUGGUGUCAAGGGCUUUGUACGUGAUCUCCAGGGCAACCCAGUGUCCAAUGCCACCAUUUCUGUAGAAGGCAUCAACCAUGACAUAACCACAGCCAAAGAUGGAGACUACUGGCGUCUGCUGGCUCCAGGAAACUAUAAGGUGGCAGCUUCGGCUCCUGGAUACCUGACUGUCAUCAAGAAGGUAGCAGUUCCGCACAGUCCGGCCACACGGGUGGACUUUGAGCUGGAGUCCAUGAUGGAGAGGAAGGAGGAGGAGCGGGAGGAGCUGAUGGACUGGUGGAAGAUGAUGUCACAGACGCUGAACUUCUAGAGCCUUUGUCCCCCGGACCGUCCGCACAUUGCUGUAUUAUACUCUACAUUCUGUGUGCUUGUCCACUCCCAAGAAUAUAUUGUCUCAUAAUUGUUUUUUUUUUUUUUUUUAAUUAUGUUUUGAAUGGGAUAUAUUCUUUAUAAAUGUACAAUUCACAGGUAACUUGUUGGAAUGCUUAAAGUGAGUGACGCAGGAGGAUGUUUGUUGUAAUUGGUUGCUAUGUCAUGAGGUUGGUGUUAAACUUUCUGUGCUAUUGUGUUUUUAUUGUGAUGGAAACCCAUUGCACCCAUAAGAAAUGAGAGACUGGCUACCUAUAUGUAUGUAACAAGCACAUUACCCUGUUUAGCUUGCAUCAUAUAUGUUAUUAUCAACACCAAAAUGCCCAACAACACAUGCAAAAUUCAUGUACUAUACGCUAAAUAAUAUUGUCACUGUUUACUGUUAUAUAAAUACAUUUUGGACAUAAUCAGGGACAUUAAAAACACUGUAAUCAUAAUUCCGUAAGCAAUCUUCUAUAUAUAGGCUUAUUCCUGAUGUUAUCUAUGUUGAUUUUUUACUGAUUACAGCACAGCUUUUCAUUUUAGCGCACAUUAAAUAGGUAUAAUAUAUUCAAACUGUAUUUAUUAACUAGGUAUAGCAAGAUAUAUGUGAUUUUGUAAGUAAAGUUGAAGAAAACAUGGUUAUAAUGUCUUAAAUUGUCCAUCUCAAUCUGCUGACUCCCAAAGCCAUUCCUUUCCAUGUGCACUAUACUUAAGUAGAAUUAUAGGAAGUUAUGGCGAGUUAAUAGUAAUUUCUAUGAGUGGACAAAAAUAUUGACCUGAUUUUAAGAAUGGUAAUUAUCUGGUAUUAUUCUACAGAAGGAUUUAUUGAAUGUAAAGCUAUAUGAUAAAGUAAAAUGUAAAGAAUGAUCUGAUCAUUAAAAACCCCUGUAUGUUG